CUGUUCAAUUAAUCCAGUCUAUGCUUGUGUCUGAUGGUGAGUGUUAUCUGCUGCUGUCUGGCAUGAGGUCGGGCUCUGAGAUUCCCACCUGCUUAUUCCCCUCCUAAUCUUUUCCAGGGAGCAGCAGAUAUUUCCAGAAAAUGCCUGAAAGAAGCUUCAAGCUGUAGAAACUGUUACAGAAAAACACAACAUAGAGCUCUGGGACUUUUGGAGUUAAGCUAUCAAAAUGGCGGAAAAUAAAGAAAGUAAUAGUAAAAAUGUCGAUGUAAGACCCAAAACCACCCGUAGUAGGAGUGCAGACAGAAAGGAUGGUUAUGUAUGGAGUGGAAAGAAGCUCUCAUGGUCAAAAAAGAAUGAGAAUUGUUCUGAUGGUGAAGCAGCAAGUAGUGUAGGAAAACCAGUGGCUGGUUUAAGGAGCCAAGAGAGGAAGCACAGCUGUUCAUCUAUUGAACUGGAUUUAGAUCGUUCAUGUGGCCACCGAUUUUUAGGCCGGUCUCUUAAACAGAAAUUGCAAGAUGCUGUGGGACAGUGUUUUCCUAUAAAGAAUUGUAGCAGUCGGCACUCUUCAGUACUUCCAUCGAAGAGAAAAAUUCAUAUAAGUGAAUUAAUGCUAGAUAAGUGUCCUUUUCCACCACGAUCAGAGCUAGCUUUUCGAUGGCAUUUAAUUAAAAGACACACUGCCCCUAUAAGUCAAAAAUCAGAAGAUUGGAUAAACCCUGAUUUAUCCCAAAAUGAAGAGAAGGAUGAUCAUCUGAGAGAUGGAGCGAGCACAGGGGGAGGAAACUCUUUCUCACGACCGUGUGACAUUACAGAUAGCAACUCCUGUAAAUGUGAUCCUAGGACUGAAUCGGUUAUGAGUAAGGUGUUAAAGAACAAUAAAGAGGAGAGUGAUAUGGACUCUGAUGAUGAAGUUAUAACACUUUGCACAAGUUCUAGAAAGAGGAACAAACCCAAAUGGGAAACAGAUGAUGAACUGCUACAUUUGGAAUCUCCUCCCAAAUAUCAUACCCAGAUUGAUUAUGUCCACUGUCUUGUCCCAGACCUUCUCCAGAUCAAUAACAAUCCAUGCUACUGGGGCGUAAUGGACAAAUACGCAGCUGAGGCACUACUAGAAGGAAAGCCAGAAGGAACUUUUUUACUACGAGACUCUGCCCAAGAAGACUAUUUGUUUUCUGUUAGUUUUAGACGGUAUAGUCGUUCUCUUCAUGCAAGAAUUGAACAGUGGAAUCAUAACUUCAGCUUUGAUGCUCAUGAUCCUUGUGUCUUCCAUUCUCCUGACAUUACUGGUCUCUUAGAGCAUUAUAAAGACCCGAGCUCUUGUAUGUUCUUUGAACCACUUUUAUCCACUCCCUUACACAGGACUUUUCCUUUUUCCCUUCAGCAUAUAUGCAGAACAGUUAUUUGCAACUCUACAACAUAUGAUGGCAUUGAUGCUCUUCCUAUUCCUCCAUCUGUCAAGUUAUAUCUGAAGGAAUAUCACUAUAAAUCAAAAGUUAGAGUACUCAGGAUCGAUGUACCAGAGCAACAAAGCUAGAAUGUAGUUUUUUGGGGGAAUAGGGGUUGUCUCUUGAUCUGAUAAAAUUUGUGUUGUCCUUCCUUCCUUGAAUUUUUUCCUAUGGCAAUUUGAAUCUUUUCUGCAGAUAAUUUACAGUCCAACUUGAUCUCUCCCUGGGUCUUUCUAUCCAAAUGUCCUUUGACUUUUCCUGCCACCCCUUUUUAGUCAACUCACUCGAGUCUGGUUUUUUGGUAAUGUUCAUACCCUAGGGUUUUAUGGAAUUUCAGGUAGGUUUUGUAGGGUUUCCACAUAGGGAUAGUCUUUAGAUUUAAAAAUAAAAAUUCAUAUUUGAAUUUGGUCUGUCUUUUUAUAUUGUAAUUUGCAUAGGUUGCAGGCAUGUUUGAAAGGUAUGCACUGAACACUAAAGAUUAAUCUGUAUUUUCUAUCUUUUAAAAUGAGUGCUAAUGACCUAUAUAUAAAGUAAAAUUAAUCAGUCUAUUUCUAACACUAUUACUGUGUAUAAAAUAUUAAUCAGUCUUUAUCUUUUGAUGGGCAGUUAUUGCUAUAAAGUUUUUUCUACUUUUUUUUUCUUUAAACACUCUUGACACAGCACUGUUUUAUCUUGCACUGUUAAUCCUGAAAAGAUGGAUAAUCUUCUUACUUCAUUAGUAGCGGGAGGGCUUUUUGUUUAAAUAUGGUGUAGAAAAAAUAGCUACAGAUUGAUCAAAUGCUGCAUCUCCCCAGACAAGAUUGCUUGCUGCCAAAUUCUGUGUGCAAGAAAAUUAUGCAUGGAUAAUCCUCUGGAAAGCUGCACCAUUUUACGUUAUAUUUGUAUGGUCAUUUAUAGAAAUCAAACUCUUGCCUUCUUUUCAAUAAAAUUAUUAUUCUGCUCA